CUCAGGGGCACAGGGUGGCCAGUGGCCCAGGCUUGGAAUGGACAGCAUCCAGAACACAGAUCCCCCAGGCCGAGGGGACCGCUGCCCUACCCUCCGCAGGCUGGUUCCCAUUGGCUUUGGGGCCGAGGCAUGGACGCUCUUGGUCCUUUCUGGACCCCUGUUUCUGUUCCAGGUGCUGACUUUCAUGAUCUACAUUGUGAGCUCGGUGUUCUGCGGGCACCUAGGCAAGGUGGAGCUGGCGUCGGUGACCCUCUCAGUGGCCUUUAUCAAUGUCUGUGGAGUUUCCAUAGGAUCUGGCUUGUCCAUGGCAUGUGACACCUUAAUGUCCCAGAGCUUUGGUAGCCCCAACAAGAAGCACGUGGGGGUCAUCCUGCAGAGGGGCGUGCUGGUGCUCCUCCUCUGCUGCUUCCCCUGCUGGGCGCUCUUCCUCAACACCCAGCAGAUCCUGCUGCUCUUCAGGCAGGACCCGGAUGUGUCCAGGCUGACCCACGAGUAUGUGCUGAUUUUCGUCCCAGCACUGCCGGCGAGUUUUCUUUAUGGCCUGCUGGCAAAAUAUUUGCAAAAUCAGGGGAUCAUCUGGCCCCAAGUCCUCAGUGGUGUUGUGGGUAACUGCAUCAACUGCUUGGCCAACUACGUCCUGGUUUCCCUGUUGAGCCUGGGGGUAAGGGGCUCUGCUUACGCCAACACCAUCUCCCAGUUCGUGCAGACCAUCUUCCUCUUCCUCUACAUUGUGCAGAAGAAGCUGCACCUGGAGACGUGGGCAGGCUGGUCCAGCCGGUGCCUGCAGGACUGGGGCCCCUUCCUUUCUCUGGCUGUCCCCAGCAUGCUCAUGAUAUGCCUUGAGUGGUGGGCCUACGAGAUCGGGAGCUUCCUCAUGGGCCUGCUCAGUGUGCUGGACCUCUCUGCCCAGGCUGUCAUCUACGAGGUGGCCACCGUAAUCUACAUGAUUCCCAUGGGACUCAGCAUGGCAGUCUGUGUCCGCGUGGGGACGGCCCUGGGAGCUGCAGAUACUGUGCAAGCUAAGCGAUCGGCCAUCUCAGGUGUGCUCUGCACAGUUGGCGCCUGGCUGGUUGUGGGCAUCCUGUUGAGUGUUGUGAAAAAUAAACUGGGGCAUAUUUUUACCAAUGAUGAAGAAGUCAUUGACCUGGUGAACGAGGUCUUGCCGAUUUAUAUCGUCUUUCAUCUAUUUGAGGCCAUCUGUUGUGUCUAUGGCGGAAUCCUGAGAGGAAGCGGCAAGCAGGCCUUCGGAGCCGUCGUGAAUGCGAUCACGAAUUACAUCGUCGGCCUCCCGCUAGGCAUCGUUCUGACCUUUGUGGUCGGAAUGAGAAUCAUGGGCCUCUGGCUGGGCAUGCUGGCCUGUGUCCUCCUGGCAGCUGCUGCUUUCAUUGUCUACACUGCCCGCAUGAACUGGAAGCUGGCUGCGGAGGAGGCUCAGAAACACGCGGGGCUGCAGCAGCAGAGCGCUGAGAGCACGGUGGACACUGCACGCGUGGCCCCCUGCCCCGGGCCUGAGGACGCUGCGGUCUCUUCAGUGGCUAUGAGUGGCUCCCCUGGCGUUACUCUGACAACGUACUCAAGGCCUGGGUGCCAUUUAGACCUCUUCAGGACUCCAGAAGCAGCUCAUGCCCUUUCAGCUCCUGCCAGCAGACUGUCAGUGAAACAGUUGGCCCUUCGCCGUGGGGCUGCUCUGGGGGCAGCGUCAGCCACGCUGGCCGUGGGGCUCGUCAUCAGGGUCCUGGCCACCAGGCACUAGCAAAGCAGCUUGGAGACAGAAGGGAAGCCAGGAGUGGCUGUCCCACCACCCACACACGGGCCCACCCUACAAAAGCAGUGACGGGAUCCAGGGCAGGUGGGCGCCUUGGACCGCUCCUCGACACCUUCAGCCAGCACCUCAUGUGACAUGAGGGGUCUGAAUCGUGCAGACGGACAAUUCUGCCGUGGGCAAAUCCGCUCUCUCACCUGUGACCUGGACUGCUCCCCCGAGAAGACAUCCGCUGACUGAGUGAGAAUCCUGGAAUGGCUACUAUUAUUCAAUACUGUCAACAGCUUUACACUGGAGAUUUCCAACCAAAAUAAAACUGCAAAACCACUGUUACAUUAAAAAUUACAUACUUCCUAAGCAGAGUCUGCUGCCGAGGUCUGUUCACAAAGCCUCUGGGAAGUUCUGCAAAGGGGCCUGGCAGGCCCUGUCUGGGCAGUCCCGUUCGCUGCGACCCCCAUCUGCUCCCGGCCCCACGUGCCCCUGCAGAUACAGGUGCUGUGAAACCUGGACAAGGGAGUGGUAGCUGUCCACAGACCCUUCUUCACCUCCCCUCCCACCCAUCGGCAUUUCCACUUGACACAGACCUUGAGAAACACUUGUUCUUAAAGGAGUGAUAUGCUAUAAAGAAGGGCAGCAAAACCCAGAUCAGUUGGCCACACAGCCUCACAAAUUCGAUGCUGAUCCAAAUGUGAGCAUGCUUUGCUUUGAGGCCUGGGACUGGUGAGUGAGCAUUUUCAGGCUCCAUGCUGAAUCAGGCCACACACCACCAUCAAAAGUGGAGGGCGGGGACCGGCUCAGUAGUGUAGUGGUUAACUUUGCACGCUCUGCUUCGGUGGCCCGGGGUUCAUAGGUUCGGAUCCCGGGCGCAGACCUAGCACCACUCGUCAAGCCAUGCUGUGGCAGCGUCCCACAUGGAAAGUAGAGGAAGACUGGCACAGACGCUAGCUCAGGGCCAAUCCUCCUCACCAAAAAAAAAGUGGAGGGCAGUCUGCCUCCCAUUGCCACAGUCCUUUCAACACCAGUAGCUAUAAAUACAUUGACAGACAAAAUGGAUGUAUUGAUCAAGGCCAAUAGGAAAGAAUAAUGCACAGAAUGUAAACCUGUUUUGCAUGCUAUUGGAAUUCAGUUCCAUGCUGUUUUCAGCGUCCACAGUGACAUUCCAGGCUUCCCAUUUACAGGAAGGGAGAAGCCUAUAACCUGGUCUGUGACACAAAUACCUUAGUGAGCUUCUAGCACCCAAACAAAACUAGGUACAGAGCACAGAACAGUAACGUCACCAUUUCCGCAAGUGUGUCUAAGGUUAAGAGGUAUUGAGGAAAAAGGCUCCAUGGUAAGUGGCCUUGGGAAACACACUUGCUUCAAAGGUCCUCUAUGCCUUGGAUCCUUGAAUAUGCUGGUGUGCUUUACAAAUCCCUGGUAGACACGAUUGGUAGUGGGACCAAUUCUUGUGUAAAAUCUUCUUAGUGUUCUAUGAAUAUGCUUACAGAAACACCUGUUUUAGAUCAGCAAAUGGGGAUAGGAAGAUGUAGUUAGAAUAAACCUAUUUACCAGAUAGGUACUUAAAAAAAAACAAAAACCCACAAAAGACAGCAAAGUAAAGCUUGAAGAAAAUCUUCUUGGCUAACAAGUUUUUGCUUAACAAUGUACAGUCUGUGUGUGUUGUUUUGUUUUGAAGAUUCACACCUGAGCUCGUAU